AUGUUUUGUCUCCAUUUGUUAACCCAUUUCACCUUCACAUCCCUUGCCCAAUUGCCUUUCCUCUUUCCUCCCCCCACUUCUUUCCUCCCCCCCUCCCGUUCCCCGCCUUCCGAUACCCAUUCCAACCUCUCUCCUUCGACUGCUGCUGCAGCACCCAUCGGGGAUGCAGGCGGGAAGAAGAAGAAGCAUAAAGCAGACCAAGCAGGAGCAGCAGGAGCAAUGGUACUAGCAGAGCCCAAGACACCAGUCGCACCUGGUAACGCUGUUACAGCAGCAGCAGCCGAGGCAUCCCCAGCACCCAGCAGCGGCAAGGAUGCAGGAGGGAAGAAGAAGAAGCGCAAGGUGAAGGAGGGGGAUGUGUCUGCUGCCCACACAGCCACAGCCACUCCCCCCAGUGCUGUGAAGGUGGCCGGUGGGAAGAAGGCAAAGAAAGCUGCUGCAGGCAGCAGCUAG